AUGCUGACCGUGGCGCCGGCCCUGGGCACCCUGCCUGCCUUCCUGCCCUGUGAGCUGCGGCCCCACGGCCAGGUGGACUGCAACUGGCUUUUGCUGAAGUCCGUGCCCCACUUCCCCGCCGGGGCAGCCCGUGCCAACGUCACCAGCCUGUCCCUGCGCUCCAACCGCAUCCACCACCUCCUCGCCUCGGACUUCGCCCACCUGCCCAGCCUGCGGCGCCUGGAUCUGAAGUGGAACUGUCCACCAGCCGGCCUCAGCCCCAUGCACUUCUCCUGCCGCAUGACCAUCGAGCAGGGCACCUUCCUGGCCGUGCCCAGCCUGGAGGAGCUGAACCUGAGCUACAACAGCAUCAGCACAGUGCCCGCCCUGCCCGCCUCCCUCGUGUCCCUGUCCCUGAGCCGCACCAACAUCCUGGUGCUCGGGGCCCCCUCCUUCGCCGGCCUGCGAGCCCUGCGCUCUCUCUUCGUGGACGGCAACUGCUACUACAAGAACCCCUGCGCGGGAGCGCUGACCGUGGCCCCGGGCGCCUUCCUGGGCCUGGACAACCUCACCCACCUGUCCCUUAAGUACAACAACCUCACGGCUGUGCCCCUCGGCCUGCCGCCCCGCCUGAAGUCCCUGCUCCUGUCCUACAACCACAUCAUCCGCCUGGGGCCUGGGGACCUGGCCAACCUGACCGCCCUGCAAGUGCUGGACAUGGGCGGGAACUGCCGCCGCUGUGACCACGCCCGCAACCCCUGCAGGGAGUGCCCGCGCGGCUUCCCGCAGCUGCACCCGGAUGCCUUCCGCCACCUGCACCGCCUCGAGGGCUUGGUGCUCAAGGACAGCUCUCUGCACACGCUGGACGCAGCCUGGUUCCGCGGCCUGGACAACCUCACCGUGCUGGACCUGAGUGAGAACUUCCUUCACGACUGCAUCGCCAAGACGGAGGCCUUGAGGAAUCUGACGCGCCUGCGCAGGCUCAACCUGUCCUUCAACUACGACAAGAAGGUGUCCUACGCCUACCUGCACCUGGCGCCCGCCUUCGCCAGCCUGGUCUCUCUGCAGGAGCUGGACCUCCACGGCCUCUUCUUCCGCUCGCUCCACCAGACGUUCCACCCGCUGCUCCGCCUGCCCGCCCUCCGGCGGCUGCGGCUGCAGAUGAACUUCAUUGACCAGGCCCGGCUGAGCAUCUUCGGGGCCUUCCCCGACAGCCUGAGCUACGUGGACCUGUCCUACAACCGCAUCAGCGGGGCCUCUGCGCGGCGGGCCGGGGGCCGCGGGGUCCGACUGCCGUCUGCAGGCUCCCCGGGCUCCGAGGACUUCAUGCCGAGCUGCACCUCCCUCCCCUUCACCUUGGACCUGUCCCGCAACAACCUGGUGAGCGUGCAGCCUGAGAUGUUCGCCCGGCUCUCGCGGCUGCAGUGCCUCCUCCUGAGCCGCAACAGCAUCGCGCAGGCCGUCAACGGCUCGCAGUUCGUGUGGCUGACCGGCCUGCGGGUGCUGGACCUGUCCCACAACAAGCUGGACCUGUACCACCACCGCUCCUUCACAGAGAUGCCGCGGCUCGAGGCCCUGGACCUCAGCUUCAACAGCCAGCCCUUCAGCAUGCAGGGCGUGGGCCACAACCUGAGCUUCGUGGCCGCCCUGCCCGCCCUGCGCCACCUCAGCCUGGCCCACAAUAACAUCAACGGCCUCGUGUCCCCGCAGCUCCAUAGCCGCUCCCUGCUGGCUCUGGACUUCAGUGGGAACGCCCUGGGCCGCAUGUGGGCCGAGGGCAACAUCUACCUGCACUUCUUCAGUGGUCUGACGCGCCUGCUGCUCCUCGACCUGUCCCAGAACCGCCUGAGCACGCUUGUGCCCAGCACCCUGGACACGCUCCCCAAGACCGUGCGGCUGCUGCGGCUGCGGGACAAUCAUCUGGCCUUCUUCAACUGGAGCGGCCUGGCCCUGCUGCCCAGCCUGCAGGAGCUCGACCUGGCCGGGAACCAGCUGAAGGCCCUGAGCAACGGCAGCCUGCCCGCGGGCACGGGCCUCCGGCGGCUGGACCUCAGCUGCAACCACAUCCAUCUGGUGGAGCCCGGCUUCUUCUCCCGGGCCGCGCAGCUGCGUGAGCUCAACCUGAGCGCCAACGCCCUCAGGACGGUGGACCCCUCGUGGUUCGGGCUCCAGGCGGGCGCCCUGACCGUUCUGGACGUGAGCGCCAACCCUCUGCACUGCGCCUGCGGGGCGGGCUUCGUGGACUUCCUGCUGGAGGUGCAGGCCGCCGUGCCCGGGCUGUCCCGGCGCGUGAGGUGCGGCAGCCCCGGGCAGCUGCAGGGCUGCAGCAUCUUCCAGCAGGACCUGCGCCUCUGCAGGGAUGAGGCCCUCUCCUGGGACUGCUUCGGCCUCUCCCUGCUGGCCGUGGCCCUGACGCUGGCCGCGCAGGGCGCGGUGGCCGACUGGGUGUACCAGGAGCUGCGGGUGCGGCUGGAGGAGCGCCGGGGCCGCCGGGCCCUGCGCCUGUGCCUGGAGGAGCGGGACUGGUUGCCCGGCAGGACGCUCUUCGAGAACCUGUGGGCCGCCGUCUACGGCAGCCGCAAGACGCUGUUCGUGCUGUCCCGCACGGAUCGCGUCAGCGGCCUCCUGCGGGCUGGCUUCCUGCUGGCCCAGCAACGCCUGGUGGAAGACCGGGAGGACGUGGUGGUGCUGGUCAUGCUGCGCUCUGACCGCCACCGCUCCCGCUAUGUGCGGCUGCGCCAGCGCCUCUGCCGGCAGAGCGUCCUCCUCUGGCCCCACCAGCCCAGCGGCCAGGGCAGCUUCUGGGCCCAGCUGGCCGUGGCCCUGACCAGGGACAACCACCACUUCUAUAACAAGAACUUCUGCCGAGGCCCUGCCGCCGAACCCUCGUGA